UGUGGCGGAAGAACUUCCUGAACCGUUUUCGAGUAGUGAAUACUGAGUAGGGGCCUGGGAUGAGGAACUCCACCUCAGUGCUCACUGUUCAGUGCACAUUCCUAUACAAACUAUUUUCACAAUCCUAAAGAACCCAGACGGCAUUAAAAGAUGAUGCUAAUGCUACAGCAAUCGCAAUGCAAAAACUACCGUUGAGGCAUUUCACCAAACACCUUACCUGCACGAAACGGAUCUUCUCCUCUCAGCUUCCCAAAACCAAAAUGGGCCUAUCCUCAAUAUCCUCUUCACCGCCUAUGCAACAAUCACAAUCACUUAAUGUCAAAUCCCUCCACACUUCACUCUUCUGCACGCUCAUUCACCUCUUCCUCCGCUGCCACCGCCUCUCAAAGGCCAUAGGCACCUUCUCCGCCAUGAGAAGUCACAAUCUUACUCCUGAUAUACGUUCUUGGAACCGCCUCUUGGCUCACUUCAAUGAUGCCGGUUUGGUCGACCAGGUGAUGAUUCUUUACUCGGAAAUGGUCUCUUCUGGGGUCAGCCCCAAUGUGGGCACCCGUAAUAUAGUUAUUCAUUCUCUUUGUAAAGUUGGAAAGGUUAAAGAAGCUUUGGUCAUGCUUAGAGGCUAUAAUUUGAGUGACACUGUUAGUUAUAAUACUGUAAUUUGGGGAUUUUGUAAAAAUGGGUUUCAGAAGGCGGGACUUGGAUUGGUGUCUGACAUGGUUAAAAGGCGCGUAAAGAUUGAUACUUUUACUUGUAAUAUACUGAUUAAGGGGUUCUGCGAAAUGGGAUUGUUGGAAACUGCUGUAUUUGUGAUGCAAAUGUUUAGUGGUAGUAGUAAUGUUUAUAGGGAUAUUGUUGGUUUUAAUACUUUGAUUCAUGGGUACUGUAAAGUUGGUGACAUGAAUGGUGCUGUUAGGUUGACUGAGAAAAUGAGAGAAGAGGGCGUGUUGCCUGAUAUUGUGAGUUGCAAUAUUUUAAUUUAUGGGUUUUGUAAAGUAGGAGAUUUUGACAGGGCCAAGAGUCUCAUGGAUGAGCUCUUGCAUUCUUAUGAGGAUGUAAACAUUUAUAACAAUAAGCAACAACAGAACAGUGAUCAGGGUGAAAAUAAGGAAUCUUUGGUUAGACGGUUGGAUGUUCAACCAAAUCUAAUAACGUAUACAACAUUGAUUAGUACGUACUGCAAGCAGCAUGGAGUUGAAGAAGUACUUGCCAUAUACGAGGAAUUGAUUGUGGCAGGGUUGUUUCCUGAUGUAGUUACAUAUAGUACAGUUAUAUGUGCUCUUUGUAAGGCUGGGAGAAUUGCUGAAGCCAAAUUACUUUUUGAGGAGAUGAAAAUGGUGGGAGUGGAUCCCAAUCAUGUCACUUAUUCAAUCCUUGUGGAUACUUUAUUUAAAGCUGGGAAUGGCAUAGCUGCAGAUAGUAUACAGAGUCAAAUGGUAGUUCGUGGUAUUGCCUUUGAUGUGGUGGUGUUUACAACUUUGAUGGAUGGGCUUUUCAAGCUAGGAAGGAAUAAGGAGGCUGAAGGUAUGUUUCAGAUCCUUGUGAAGUCCAAUAUAGUUCCCAAUCAUAUUUCUUAUACUGCAUUAAUUGAUGGGUGCUGCAAAUUAGGUGAUAUUGGGGGUGCGGAAUCUUUGCUGGAAGAGAUGGUGCAUAUAAAUGUUCUUCCAAAUAUUGUCACAUUAUCUUUAGUGAUUAAUGGCUAUGUCAAAGAGGGAAUGCUUGAUGCAGCAUCAAAUCUUAUGAAGAAAAUGGUCAGCAUGAAUAUCAUGCCUAAUGUUUUUACUUAUGGCAUCCUCAUAGACGGCUAUUUCAAGGCUGGUAAGAGAGAAAUUGCUUAUGGUCUUUAUGAGAAGAUGAAAUUGAGAGGGAUCAAGGAGAAUUGUUUCAUAUUAGACAUAUUGGUUAAUAAUAUGAAAAGAGAAGGAAGGGCAGAUGAGGCUGAGGCACUAUUCAGGCACAAAGUGUCCAGUGGAUUUUUACCUGACCAUGUCAACUACACAUCUCUCAUGGAUGGACUUUUCAAAGCGGGGAGGGAGUCAGUAGCACUAGGAAUAGCGCAGGAGAUGGCAGAACAAAAUUUAGGAUUUGAUGUGACUGCAUACAAUGUAUUGGUCAAUGGACUAUUGGGACUUGGCCAAUACGAAAUGCAAAAUGUUUAUGAGGGUAUGAGACAAUUUGGCUUGGUUCCCGAUAUUGCAACAUAUAACACCAUGAUUAGUGCCUACUGCCGAGAGGGAAAGCUGGAAAAAGCUCUUGAAAUCUGGAAGGAAAUGAGAAGUUGUGGGGUCAUGCCUAAUUCAGUCACUUGUAAUGUUAUUGUUAAAGGACUUUGUGAGGUGGGUGAAGUUGGUAAAUCAAUGGAUCUGUUGAAUGAAGUGAUUGUUCUGGGGUUUACUCCCACAUUAACUACUUAUAAAUCUGUGGUUGAUGCUGCUUCAAAGUGUGAAAGGGCUGAGGCAAUCCUGCAAAUCCAUAGCCAGCUUGUUGAUAUGGGACUUAAGCUGAAUGUUUCAGUUUACAACACUCUUAUAACAGUCUUAUGCAGGCUAGGGAUGACUAGAAAAGCAAAAUCAGUAAUAAAAGAUAUGAAAGAAAAAGGCUUCUCAGCUGAUACUAUCACAUACAAUGCCCUGAUACGUGGAUAUUGUAAAAGCACACAUAUACAGAAGGCUUUUGUGACAUUUACCCAAAUGCAGGUUGAAGGAGUUGCCCCAAAUAUUGCAACAUAUAAUGCUCUUUUAGAGGGUCUAUCAACUGCUGGAUUGAUGGAUGAAGCAUCUGAGCUACGUCAAAAAAUGAGGAAGAAGGGGUUUAUCAUGAAUGCUAAUACUUAUGAAAUUUUGAUUUCUGGCUAUGGGAAGGCAGGGAAUAAAAGGGAGUCGAUAAAGAUUUACUGUGAGAUGAUAACUAAAGGUUUUGUUCCUCGAGUUGGCACUUAUAAUGUACUCAUGCAUGGGUUUGCCAAGUUGGGAAAGAUGAAGCAGGCUAGAGAGCUUAUGAAUGAAAUGGAACACAGAGGAGUACGACCUAAUUCUUCAACUUAUGACAUACUUAUAACUGGGUGGUGUGAGCUAUCAACUCAAGCAGAGGUUGAGAGGUCACAGAAAUUAGCCUACCAGGCUGAGGCAAGAAGGUUAUUUAAGGAGAUGAACGACAAAGGUUUUACUCCAAGUGAAACCACAAUCUCUUGUAUCAGUCCAGCUCUUGCAAAACCAGGGAAAAGGGUUGAUGCCCAAAGGUGGUUGGAAAAGUUUUACAAGAGGAAGAGCACUUAAUUAAAGAUGCAGCUUGAUGUCCAAUUUGGCAAAUUGACCAAUAGUUAACUUCAAAAUAUGGAUUUCAUUGGAAGUUGAAGAGAUUAUGAAAAUGUUUGAAAGAAGAGUAAAAACAAAGAAAGGAAUAUCAUGUUUGAGGAGUUGGGACUAGUAGCAGCUUGUGCAGUGCAGAUAUCAUUUCCAGAUGGUACAUAGCAGAUCUUCUGUGGAAUCUCCUAGAGAAGUAUAAGGAUAAAAUACAUGUCAAAGGUUCAAAUUAUCAGCCACACAUAAAGAUCUGGGGUUAACUGCUAUAUCCUUGUGUCGUGCAUAGCUGAUUUUUCCUGCUGUAGCCUGUCUAGGCCUUUAGAUCUUUUUUGGUUCCAAUGAACAGGUAAUGAGCUAGUCUUUAACUUUCUAUGUAGGAACUGUACCAUAUGUUCUGCUUAUUUGAAUGAUAAUUCUUUGAUAAGCAGGAGUAAGCUUUUAGAAUCUCUAGCAUGGUCUGCUUCUAGCAGUCUUGGGAGGGUUACAGUUAUUGGCAUGGUCUGGUAGAAAUUGACGAUACAUGAUUUCUAUUUGCUUCUUGAUGUUUGUACUCUGGUCCUCUUCCACCACGGCUGAACCAAUGAUGUGACUUUAGGUUGUUUUACUGUUUAAUAAUAGAAAUUUAAAACUCCCACUUUUUUAAGUGACCUUUUUUCUGUGACAGGGAAAAGAGCCAUUAUUGCAGAGUUAUCCUCCUGGCAGAAAACAGGAGCAAACAACUAAUACAUAGAGGUUUUUAUGGAUACCUAAGUUCCCUGUACUACACUGUGAGCACACAUUUUCCACAAAACGAGACACACUAUGGGUUCAGGAAAUUGUCAAAUUGAUGUUCUCUUUUUCUGUUGGCUGAGCCACAUGAAAGUACAAUGCCAUUGCAUUCUACAAUCUGAUGGUUUAAGGAAUUUAUAUAUUCUUCGGGUAGAACUACAUUUCUCAAACCUCUAUAGGGAGGUUUUGCUUCUUGGGUGUCUCUCUAGUUUGCAUCAACUGGAUUGAUUUUGAUACAGAUUGAUCAAUUAGGUCAUUGCACAUCCUUAAAGUCUGAAGUUACAUGAAUCGUGACUGCUAUCUAAGACCCAAUUGUUUCAUUGACACCACAGAGUAUGAAAGUCAUAGUUUUGGACACAUUCUACAUGGGCUUCUUGAACAUGUCAUACGUAUGGUACCAUGGCAUUGAAGGAAUUCCAGUUGCAUGUGGUGGACAUGCUUAUCUGUGAUAAGGUGAAGAGUGGUGCAUGCCCACCAACCCCAAUCCCCCCCCCCCCCCCCCCCCCCCCCCCCCCCCCCAAAAAAAAAAAAGAGAGAGAGUAAAAAGCAUGCAGCUUGCAUUGGAUGGCCUUUAUGGAGUGUUACUUGCAAUCUAUUUGAUAUGGACGCGAGCUUAAUCUACUUGGGAGAUGAAAGGAGAAUCAGUUAAACGGUUUGGACAACUGGGACUUCAGUUUUAGUCAAGAGUGGGGUUCAAACUUGAAGACAGCAGAUCACGGAUGGGGUAUGCUUCAUUUAUUGAAAGGGUGAAUGAAAUUCCAGAUGCUGCUCGAGUGAGUACACCAACCGCUCUGUUUUCUUAAGACCAGACAACAGAACAUGGAGAGUCGUGUUAACGCUUUAGGUGCAGGCACUUCUCCCUGUGAAGAGAGAACAGCUCAAAAAUAUUAAAGGAAGCCACAUGCAGAAAAGCAUAAUAAUGGAAACAAGCUGACCAGACUUGACGCCAUUACACCUAAUUGAGAGGUAUGUUUUGAUUAGGAAGGCAUGAAUUUACGAUUAGUCUUGAAAUGGAAAUAGGAGAGCCUUUCUUUCUUUGCGGUUUGUUUGGUGAGUUGCAACAAUGAUAGAUGAUCAAAAAAUCAAGAGAAGCAAUCCCAGUCCUUGAUCUGUUGUAGCCUGUGGAACAGCUCAAAUUUUAGGCCAAGUGAAGGACAAAAAUUGAUCUGUUAUUGAAUCAUGACCAGUUGCUUCCCUUAAUCAAAAUCUUGGUAAUGUGUCGCUUCAUGUUAAUGACUACAUGUGCAGUUGUCAAAAAAAAAAAAAA